UUCUUUAUUUUCAGAUUAUUUUUAUUAUAAUUUCGAGAAAUUCAGUUAUUUAUAUUAUUUGAUCAAGUUGGUACAUUCAAAUUAUGUACUCUGGUGCAGUACAGAUUCCGGCUGCUACAGCGAUACCGUUUGCAUCUCAUCCAUACCCACGCCCUUCGUAUGUGUUUCGUGCUCAAGGAGCCGAAUCAGAAUCUCAUCUCUUCUCUCAGCGUCACAGUGAUACAACUGGGACAUCGACUCCUACUGAAAGUUGCGAAAAUUUGAGUGAUAACCGCGAAAGCCCAUCUGCACAACACGGUGACUCUUUUGGUGCAUCACAUAAAAUUAUACAAAGCGGAUCGACACAUCACUUUUCAUCCCCAAGUCACGAUUCUAGCCAAGCCACGCCGUACUGUAGAUCAGAUCAGCAAAAUAUCCAAUUUUCACCAAAAUCCUUCGUGAGCCCUAAGAUUUCCGACGUUGGCGGCAGUCCUGUAGUCGAUUCUGGAGUCGAAGAAGAUCGUGUUUCUGACGUCACAGGCACCGGGAACAAUAUAAACAGAAGUAGAACAAGUCUUGGGAGCAGUAACGGGAGCGUCGUCGGAGAGCAAAUAUCUUCGUGCGAGCUCGGCGGUUUGAGUAGUGAGACGCCGGCAUCAAGAGCAUACCAGACGCCAACUUUUUCUUCGAUGGAGACGGUAUCUACCACUGCAGAGUCUCGCGGAAUCGUGUCCGUCGCAGAUCACGCAUACAAUACAUACGAGGCACAACGACGUUGUGAAAGCUACUACCCACCGAACUCUCAAACUGCCGGAUAUUCUCGUGAAACUGGUUACGGUAGUUUUUAUCCUGGGUACCAACUUACCGGUGCUACAUCUAGUUCUACCAGUGGCCACGCACCCCAAAUCGGUGCGUAUCCCAUCCACAUGCCGUAUGCCGUUCCACCCAGUAUGUCUGCCGGUAUUUUGCCUCCGCCUCCAGAUGCCCCAGAAACAGCUACACUUUCGCAUCAACCAUAUCCCGGAACUUCAUCAGAAUCGUGGAAUGGCCAACCAACUCCUGCUUAUGGACCCGGACCAGUGGAUUACUCCAGGCUCUCCAUUGGGAUGCCCAUGGGCGGAUCAGCCUUACAAUAUUAUCAAGAAAAUCGUCAAUGUGUCAAUUGUGGGUCUGCUGUAACUCAAAUGUGGCGUCGUGAUGUUACCGGACAUUACUUGUGCAGUGGUUGUGAUUUUCUCAGAGGCGAAGGACGAUCAACGCCAUUAAAACAGAAGGGAAAGAAUUCUUGUCGUCGUCAAGUAUGCACCAACUGCCGAACAACGGUUACAACAUUAUGGCGCAGAAGUCCAGAUGGAAGUCCGGUAUGCAAUGCGUGUGGGUUAUAUCAGAAACUACACGGGGUGGCAAGACCUCCUACAAUGAAGAAGGAUAGUAUUCAGACAAGAAAAAGAAAACCUAAAGGUCAAGGAAAGGGCAAAAAGCAAACCAAACGAAUAGCAAGUGAUUCUUCAACUCAAGAUGGAUACAUUCUUGCGUCUAGCAAAGAGUCGUCUUCGAGUUCGUCGCCAAACGCAACAAGCGGUUUGCACAACAGGAGCGUGAACACCGCGGUCACAAAUGCUCAUUACUACGGUGGAGUGAACGGGACUCAAAACUCCAGUCUCCAUUAUCAACACAAUAGCAGUCAUCAUAGUAUUGUUAGCAAUGAUGGACUCGCAAAUAGCUCCGUGUUGGCGUCAUCGGGUCUCGACCACACAAUAUGCAGACGCUCCAGUGCGUCUCCGUCGGCAGAGGAAGAUCAAACUCCGUCGAGCAUUGGGACCCCAAACGGACCAAUCAGCAAUGGGUCCAGCAAUUCAUCCGGUUUGAGAUGCUCUCCCGAUUCUGACCGUUACAGUCCAACGAAUUCGGCGGCAAUGUAUUCUGCCCACGAAACCUCGAGUGCGGGAUAUGUUUCCGGAUACGCAGGAGGUGCAGCCGCUCUCAACUACAGUUCGUCCUCCGGGAGAUCGAGCGAGUCUACUUACCGUUGCUAUUCAACUGAUGGCCAAACUGCAGAAGGUUCGGUAGAAGGGGAAAACGCUGCAAAUACAGGAUCUGGUGCAAAUUUUCAUUCAGCAGCUACCUUCAUUGAUCAACCUAUUCUUGAUGCGCAAAACUACCGUGGACUUAUUGCUGCAGGAUAUCCAGAUAGUUCAACCGGGUAUGCUGGCUCAGUGGGCCCGACACGUCUACAUCGUCACUUGCAACAUUGUAAUCUACCGUACUCACGCCCGAUUUACCCAAAAAAUGAAUCUGGAUUGGCUUGAUUCUGCAGAAAAUUUACAUAUGGCCUCCAUUUUGUGUCACCAGGCUAAUGCAAAGAUCGAAGGCGGAAAGAUUUCAUUUCGGAGUUGACAAGAGGGAAGUUGGCCAAUAUGUUUUGACAUUGAGGUUCACGUUUUUUUAUUCUUCGUUACUGAGUUGGUUUCCUAAAGUCUGGUGAAAUGCCAGACAUAUUCUGUCAUAGUGCUGAUAAUGCGCGGGCAAAAGGUGUGAAAUGCAUCAAGAGUGGCAUCGGAACAAGCUGCAUUUGCAACUAACGCUCGUUUGCGGCCAAUCUACUCGUUGACCAAAAACAAUCAUCAUGGGGUUACAAUAAUCCUUCAUCGCAACAUUUGCGGGCUCUUCGGUAAAAAAAUGUUCCAGUUUUUUAACUUUUACGAUAUAUCUAUUUUUAUGCAUUUCUCUGCUGAUUUUAACGCUUUGUGUUUUUUAUGUGUUUGUUUGUGAUGCGAUGGAUAUACACUUCAUUUUGUAUGCAGGUCCCUUAAAAAUAUUAUAGUCAUUAAAUCAUUUCUUCAUAAUAAGAGAUUGUUGAAUAACGUUAUAGUAAUAAAUUUUUUUUUUUAAAUUAUGAUUUCUUCCAUUUAGUCCGGCAUUCUGAAUAUUUUAACCUAUUUGAAAAGUAAAAUUAAGUUAAACGAAAUUGGCCCAAAUCUGAUAUUUUAAUAUAGCAUUCAUUAUAUCAUUUUCGCAGCACAUUGUUAUGUUUUAUCCGAUAGCGUGAUAUUAUUUAAUUUCCAACAAUCGUGAACCCCUUAGCAGUGUGGAGUAUCGUGAGUUUUUUUCAUGCAAUUACAUGCUAGUUCAUUUUAGAAUCCCAUUUUCUGUCUACGCCAUUUUAGGUAAAAGUGUUGUUCUUUUUUAUAUUUUCCGUGUUUUGCUUCGGAACUUGUACUUGUCUGUAAAUAUUAUUUAAAUAAAUUUGUGAUUAAAGGUGA